UCUCGACGACUGGACGUCAGCUCGGGAACGGAUUCUAGUCUCAGGGAGGCGUCAGAAUUGUGCAGCUAUGGGUUUGGAGAAGAGGACGGUCAAGAUCAUUGCAUUUGUUGUCGUGGUUUUGGUCCUUAUCGGAUGUAUCCUAGGACUGGUGUUGGGAUUUCUUCUCGUCCGUCGCGAUGUUGAGCUGGAGGUCUGGCCACGGACGGAUGAAUACCGCUGGGAGGAGCCCCUCAUCGAGUUCCGUCCCAGCGACCCUGGAAGCUGGCACAUCUGGUAUUCCCGCAUCAAUGACUUCCUCAGAGAUUACGAGACGGCAACCCCAGACAUGCCGCCUCGGGCUCCAUGCUCCACCCACAAUCGUCGCGACCAGCAGCUCAGGUCGGACAGCUGCGAGCAAGCUAUGAGGUUCUGGACUCCAUGCACCGCUGAUGAGUUCUACGGCUACCACGUGGGGAAACCCUGCGUCUUCCUUAGGCUCACUCACACACACUACUGGGUUCCUGAGCCAUACAACAUGUCGACCAUGGUACCGAUGGUUCUGCCACCGGACAUGCCUGAGCACUUGAGACUGACUAUGAUGCGGUAUCCAGUCCAGCAAUUCGGAGACCACGUGUGGGUGACGUGUGACGGCGAGCGCAGUUCGGACAAGGAGAACAUCGGACCGAUACAGUACAUCCCUGCCAAGCUGCCGCCUGGGUUCCGUAUGGACAGGCUCGCAACGGCCGACAGGCUCUCCUACUACAUGAGGAACCAGCCUGAUCGGGUGCCGCCGCCGCUAAUUGCUGUGUUCUUUGAAAAUCCUAGGCGUGGAGUGCUCAUCAGCGUUGAAUGUCGGAUCUGGACACGGGACAUCUACUACGACCGAUACAGCCGAACCGGUCGUGCGCGCUUCGAACUCUACGUCAACUGAAUAUUUAGUCUGCAAUAAUUUUGCGGCAUUUGGUUAAUUCUUCUUCGUUUUGAAGGCAUCGUCAUUUUCUUUCAUCUCGGAUGGGUUGGCAUUAUGUCCUUACCUUAUUCCGGUUUCAGACAGUCACUGGUUUUUCUUGCAUACAGCAAAUUCUAAGUAUUUUAUUCCCCAAAAAGAAGUAACUGACUACUUAGUAUAAUUUUUCUUUAUUUUUAUUUAAUUUUCUAUCUUUAAGGUACAAUUUGUUCGUUUUUGUUUAAGAAUUACGGUACCUGAAAUCAGCGUUAUGACUUCGUAGUCAUAUUCAUAGGAACUGGACACCUUUCAGUACGAUCUCAUUAGUAUUAAGCAAAUCUAUAUAAAAAUGUGUAUUUUUGCGGGACAAUUAUCUCUUUCUAAUAAAAUCUUUGACCAUAGUCAAAGAUUUUAUUUUUCUGCUAUUCAUAAAUUAAAUGGUUAGGCAAAACAUUUUUUUUAUAUUCAUGUGUGGUUGUUGUGGCUAGGCUAACUUUACGUCUGGGGAAAUUCAACUAUAAUAAAUACUUAGUGUCUAAGAAGAAGAAUUAGUUGCUUUGAUGACACGUUCUAGAUUUUUUACCUACUAACGAAGUUUCAAAUUUUCAUCAAAAAAAUAUACAAAUACGUAGGUAGCACGUUACUAUCUUCCACACCACAUGCUGUCUCUUUUCCCCAUAUCGUGUACGCAUCGUGUGAAAAAAAGAGAGGUGUGAACGUAAUGACGUGGUACGUGUUUUGUAUUUCAUGGUAGUCCCCCAGAUAGUAAUGUUGAUAAGUAUAAAAAUAUACCUACUCAGCGCACUACCUAAGAUUGCACAUUGAGGCACAUUGUAUAUAAAUUAUUAGGUAAGUAAAUACCUAUAGUAUCUAUAAGAAUUUGAAAAUACAUUGACUACAAACUAUUAAAAUAAAUAAAUAAUAAAAAAUUAAAAUACAUUGACACAAUCGUAAAUAACUAUUAAACUUAGUUAGGUUAUGACCUAUCUAUUAUAUGUAAUACUUAGGUACAUAAUAUUAAAAAGACAUCUGAGAGAAAUAUUUUAAAAUAUUUGAGCCACUGUUUUCAUUCUUAUAAUACUUAUUACGAAAACUAUAAGUGAGAAAACCUUUGAAACAUACCCAAUGAAUACCUAGAUCUAGAUUGUUUUUGUGUGUUAGUAAUAUAAUUAGCAAUAAGGCUGAUGUAGGUACCUAAUUAUUAGAUUCCAUUGUUGUAUUUGUGUCAUAGUUUAUAAGAUAUUCAUGUUUCAGCGAUCCAAUAAAACGUCU